GGCUGACCCCUUAAUCCACGGCUCAUCAAAUCCAGAAUACGUCUGACUUUUCGAACAGAUCAAGCUUUCCCCUUCCUCUUUUCCCUCCUACCCGAUGGUUGUCGUCGACGAAUAAAGACCCCGAGAAACACAUAGUAAUAAUACAAAACCAUGGCCUCAGCUCUGCCAUCUCAAAGGCUUCCGAAAACGGAAGAUGGGCCCUCUUCGAUAGGGUCACCGUCGUAUUCCAAUAGUCCAAAGAAGAGGUGGUUCAAUUUGCUGCCAUUGUUCGUAGCCCUGGUGGUUAUAGCUGAGAUCGCCUUCUUGGGUCGACUCGACAUGGCCAAGAAUGUUGACCUGGUCAACUCAUGGGCUGACUCCUUUUACCAGUUCACUGGCUCGUCUUGGCCAUAUGUCUCCAAUGCCGACGAUAUUACCUCCGGCGGAGGUGAGGCGACUAGGGUUUCGGAUGAGCUGGACUCUUUCACCGGAUUGGAGAGCUGCGAGGAAUGGUUGGAGAGUGAAGACACCGUUGCUUAUUCUAGGGAUUUUGAAAAAGACCCAAUUUUGGUACAUGGUGGGCAACAGGAAUGGGAAUCCUGUGCUGUUGGGUGUAAAUUUGGGGCUUCCUCCGGCAAAAAGCCUGAUGCUGCAUUUGGGUCUACCCAAUCAGGUGGGACAGCUGGAGUGCUUCGGUCAAUGGAGUCCGCAGAGUACUAUUCUGAGAACAACAUUGCUCAGGCAAGACGGUGGGAGGGGAUAUGAUGUUGUGAUGACUACAAGUCUUUCUUCAGAUGUUCCUGUUGGGUAUUUUUCAUGGGCUGAGUAUGACAUUAUGGCACCAAUCCAACCUAAGACACAGAAAGCUAUCGCUGCAGCAUUCAUAUCUAACUGUGGUGCUCGUAACUUUCGGUUGCAAGCUCUUGAAGCACUUGAAAGAGAAAGCAUCAGCAUAGAUUCAUAUGGUAGUUGUCACCGGAACAAGAAUGGUGAUGUGAAGAAAGUAGAUACUUUGAGGCACUACAAAUUCAGUUUGGCCUUUGAAAAUUCCAAUGAGGAGGAUUAUGUUACUGAAAAAUUCUUCCAAUCUCUUGUAGCUGGAUCUGUUCCUGUUGUGGUUGGUGCUCCAAAUAUCCAAGAUUUUGCUCCUUGUCCUGGUUCUCUUUUACAUAUAAAGAAGCUUGAAGAUGUUGAGUCAGUGGCCAAGACGAUGAAGCACCUUGCUGAAAAUCCAAGUGCAUACAAUCAGACCCUAAGGUGGAAAUUUGAGGGUCCGUCUGAUUCUUUCAAAGCCCUAGUUGACAUGUCAGCAGUUCAUUCAUCUUGCCGGUUGUGCAUUCACUUGGCAACAAGUAUCUAUGAGAGAGAGGAGAAAAGUACAAACUUCACAAAACGUCCGUGCAAAUGUUUGAGGGGUUCAGAAACUGUCUAUCAUGUAUAUGUACGUGAAAGAGGACGGUUUAAUAUGGAGUCUAUUUUCUUGAGGUAUUCUUUAGCGUUUAUUUUUUCCUCUGGGAUCUUCCCAAAUUUUGGUGGUGUCAAGUUUCAAAUACCAGAUCACCAGCUAUUUUUGAUAGGUCAACUAAUUUAACAAUGGAGGCCUUCAAAUCGGCUGUGUUAAAGAAGUUCCAGUCUCUGAAGCAUGUUCCCAUUUGGAAACAAGAAAGGCCCCCGGUUCUGCGGGGAGGAGACGAACUCAGCGUGUACCGCAUAUAUCCUCUUGGAUUGACUCAGAGACAGGCGCUCUAUACAUUCAGAUUUAAUGGGGAUAGUGAGUUAAGGAAGCAUAUAGAAAGCAACUCUUGUGCAAAGUUCGAAGUCAUAUUUGUAUAAUAAGAUAAACUUCUAAUUUUCAUGUCAUGUGACCAGUGACCUGAUUAACUUUUAGAUCAGUGUACUAGUGUAGGCUAUAAAUUUUGUAACCGGUUAUUGACUUUAUUAAGGUUGAGCCAUCAUGGGAUCCUUUUGCUUUUUUUCUUACACGAAUAUCAGGUUUAUGUAAUGAAGUUGUUUAUGAUAGACAUAGACCUCAAAUCUUAAUCCAGAUAUGCUUUUCCCUACUUUGAA